AUGCCACCUCAACCAGUAUACGUUUCUCCCAACCCUGAAACCACAAAGCGUGGUGCUUUUACCGAAUUCUUCCUCGAGCGACAGUGUCCUGACGGAGCCGAUUCCAAGUAUAAGCAUCUGUUCUUCACCCACCAGAACCUCAUGAGAAUGUUGAUCAACGAUUCUGCCAUGGACCCAAACCGAGAGCAGACCUUCUCUACACCAGCAAACAGUAAGAACAAGGUGUACUUCAUGUGGGACUUUGUCACCCGUACCUUUCAAAUGCUUGUAGCAACUGUCAACCCAGGGAACCCCAGCAACAGCGGUGAAGCUUGGAUGGACAUCUUGACGAGGUCAAUGCUGGCUCAGCAGUUAAUUCUCGACACAACUGGCAGACUGGAGCAAAUGAACCAGUCUGUUGGCUACAACGACGAUGCUGGCAUCGAAUUCAGUGCCGAGAUCAAGGCAGAGGCGGAGAAGCUGGAUGAUAUUUAG